GAUUUUGUAAUUCAUCUUUGAAAAACUAUGCCCAGCCUCCGCCCCUGUCUAAAUACCUUACUCUCGGCAACUCUGUUAAUUAGUGAAAACAUCUAUUUUUAACGAGAACCAAUUUUCAGAAUAAUUAUGGAAAUUAGUAUUUUUAAUCUAAACUGCUGGGGCCUACCAUCCAACACUCCAAUUCUAAACAGUAAGUUCAAGGAAGAGAGAAUAGCAGCAAUAAUAAGGUUUAUUAUAGCAGAAGAGAAGUUCCACUUCGUUUUCUUACAAGAGGUUUGGUUGAAGUCAGAUUACCAGAAAAUGAAAGAAGCUUGGUGUAAAAAUCUUCCACACUCUGUUUAUUUCAAAAAAGGACUACUUGGCUCAGGGACAUGUAUUUUUAGUAAAUAUGCUCUUAGUUUCCCGGCCUUUCAUGAGUACACUGUAAAUGGAUUUAUACACCAGGUUUGGUUUGGUGAUGCCUGGGCUACAGCUGGGAUUGGUACAGUGCAAACUCAGAUAAAUGAACAGCUGAUUACUCUAGCUGUCACCCACUUUCAUGCGGAGUAUGAUACAAAACAGGAACCAUUCUUGGUGGACAGAGCAGUUCAGGCCCUCGAAGCCUCAGAAAUAUUAAAGAAUUGUGCUGAAUUUGUUAUAUUGGCCGGUGAUUUCAACUCCGAGCCCGGCUCGAUACCUAUUUCUAUUCUAUCUCAACAUCUCACGGAUUCACGAGGAUUAGGGUUGCAUUCACCCACUUGGUCACAUCCUUCCAAUUCCUUCAAGGAUCCUUCAGAAGCUCCGCUUUGUUUGGAUUACGUAUUCUACUCCUCAUCCUUAUCUUUAAGAGCUGUCGAAUCCAGGUGCACAGACCCUUUACCAUAUAGAAUACCAGGGAAACACUUUUCUUACUCAGACCAUCAAGCUGUUCUUGCUCAGAUUACUGUUGCUCCGUCAAUUGACAACAACUACUCAAAGAUUGAGAAAAAUAAGUGUACUGAAUCCAAUCCACAGCCUGAAUCAAACCUACAGCCUGAAUCUAAACAACAGACUGAAUCUAAACCACAGCCUGAAUCUAAACAACAGACUGAAUCCGAACAGCAACCUGAAUCCAAACAACUGCUUGACUCUAAACCACAGCCUGAAUCUAAACAACUGCAGACUGAAUCCGAACAGCAACCUGAAUCCAAACAACUGCUUGACUCUAAACAGCAGCAUGAAUCCAAGGAACUGUCUGAACUCAAACAUUUCACAAACUCCGAACUGAAUUCUGCUGUUCAGAACCUCCUGUUGACAAGUGUAACCUUUCAUGAACAGGAGAUUAGUAAUACUAAACAAAUUAUGGCUGUUUCCUUUUUGUUUCUUUUAUAUCAUCUUGUAAAACUGAUCAACCAGGACUUAAUCACAGUUCUUGUCCUUAUCCCCGUCCUCUCUGUUACAGUCCUGUUUCCUCCCGAUCAUCUUAAUUAUAGGUUUUUCAUUAAGAUCUUAUUAGAUCUGAUCGGUUCACAGCUACCCUUUUAUCAUGAGCUUAGUUUGGUCGUAUCUGCUCUACUUCUACUUGGUUUAGGAGGAUACUAUUUACCAGUUCUUGUAAGAAGAUCAACUAGGAUGAAAGCGUGGAUUGGAAACCCAAUAAUAUCAAAUCCUAAUCUUCCAAAUCCCAGAUUAUAAAACUUUGGCAAAAUCAUGAACAUUUGAUUACUAAUCACUGAAUCCUUUGAACAAUGCAGCUGGAUUGAUCAGCUCAAUGUAAAAAAGUUAUCAAAUAUUUUUUUGUUUUAUUUUAUCAACUUCUGUUUUUAUAAGUGUAAAAUUAUCAAAUAAUCUAUUUACAUAAAGUAUAUGUUUGUUUGUUUUUACGUAUUUGCGAAAAUUACUCAUGAACCACUUGACCGAUUUGCCUCAAAUUUUAUCGGGGAAUUCGAUAGACCACGGAAUGGUAUAUAAGUUCUAAGUUGAUUGGUUUGGCUUAUUUAGGAAAACUACAUGAAAAGCUGGGAUUCCGAGAUAUUUAAAAAAUAAAAUUAACAUACUUACAAUUUUUUACGUAUUUACAUAUUUUAAAUAAAGGAUGUUUUCAA